AUGGACCCGCAGCAGCACCAGCACGACUGGCCCGCCCUGUGCACAAAUGCCCGCGCUCAGCUCCAGUCGCCUCGAGUCGCCGACCGCACCUCGACCCUCCACGACCUCGCAGCCACCGCAGCCAAGCCGUCCCUCGAGGCGAGCCAGGUCCAGGACCUCGUCCGCCUCCUCCUCCCGACCGUCCCCCGCUACGUCGACUCGGCCUCGCGCACCGCCGUCCUCGACGUCCUGUCGGCCAUCCUCGCCCGCGACCAUGCCGCCGCCGCCGCACCUGCGAUCGCCGCGACCGACGCCGCCGAGCCCUCGGCGGCCGCAGCGACCAAGUCGGCCACGCCGUUCACGUCGGGCCUGAUCAAGUGGCUCGACGGCGAGGCGGCAAAGGUCGACAAGACGGGCGCCGCGUCGACCCGCUUCGCCCUCCUCGGGUGGGCCGUCACCAUCUACCAGUCGGUGCCGGCCGACCGCCCGCUCGACGACCCCCAGUUCUCGUCGCUCGCGUCGUCCCUGUCGACCCUCGUCUACACCCUCCUCGACGAGGCCAACCCGGUCAAGCCCGCCCUGCGUCACUCGACCCUCGUCCUCGCCCGUCGCGCCAUCCGCAACCGCCCGGCGUCCCUCGCGCGCCUCGUGCGCACCCUCGUCGCCGCAAAGGUCGACCCGCCGUACCGUCACGCACCCCUCGUCGGCGUCGCGCUCGACGUCGCCCUGCGCCUGCGCGACUCGAAGGGCCACAAGGACGUCGCCAAGACGUGCGUCGACGAGCUCAAGCCCGCCGUCAACGACUACUACCUCGCCGCCGUCGCCCUGUCCAAGACGGCCCCGCCGCCGCACGUCCUGCGCGCGCUCGACGACUUUAUCGCCGCGACCGUCACGCUCGACGACGCGACGACGACGUUCGUCCCCGCGCUCGAAAAGGCCAUCAACCGCGUCGCCGAGCCGGGCCUCGUCAACCUCGACGCGUUCCUCGCCGCCCUCCCGACCUCGAUCUCGUCCGACCCGGCCCUGCGCACCCGCCUCGCGCCCGCCGUCCUCGCGCCGACCAAGUCGGUCUCGGCACCGACGCGCGCCGCCGCGACGCGCGUGUUCGCGACCCUGUUCUCGUCGCCGUCCUUGUCGUCGUCGGGCGGCGAGAGCGACCUCCUGCCCGUCGCCGAGCAGGUGUACGCGCCCUUGCGCACGGGCAAGACGACCUCGCCCGACCACCGCACGACGCUCUACACGCUCCUCGGCGCCCUGCCCGCCUCGGCGACCGUCUCGCCCGAGGUGGUCGCGACCGCGCUCGGCGCCCUCGCAAAGGAAUCGAACGAGGCGACGUUUGCGGCCCUCAUGCGCGCCCUCGAGGUGCACCUCCCGAGGGCGCUCGAGGCCGACGUUGCCGUCCCGCAAGCGCACGUCGCCGCGCUCGUAAAGAGCCUCGGCGACACCAAGCCGGCGCUGAGGCGGCGCGCGCAGGCCGCGCUCGGGAGCGUCUUUUGGGCGCUCGAGCAUGGCGAGGCGGCGGCGCAGGUGACGGGCGCCGAGCGCGCGUUUGCCGAGGACCUGGCGCCGGCGUGGGAGGCGGCGCUCAAGACGGUCGCGACCAACUUGCUCAACUCGCCGAGCGGGCCGCUCGAGGGGUACGUCGCUGUCGCCGUCCUCAAGAGUCGGGCACCCAAGUGGGACAGCAAGAAGAUCAACGACCUCAUCGCCGCCAACCCGACGAUGCAGACGCUCGGCCAACAGGGCGCCAAGCCCAACUUCUUCCUGUACGACAAGGUGUACCGCAAGGCGGCGACCGUCGAGGACGGCACGUGGCUGUGCCGCGCCCUGUCGGCCUACCUCGUCUCGUCGCCCGACCACCUCGCCGCCGACGACCAGCUCCGCGCCGCGUUCGCCGCCGCCGUCAUCCACUGCGCGACCGAGGGCGCGUCGCACGACAUCCGCCGCGAGGCCGUCGACCUCGUGCGCGCCGGCGUCGCCCACUCGCCCAAGCUCGUGCACCUCGCCCUGCGCGACGGCCUGCGCGCCUGGUUCGUCGCGGGCGACAGCAAGCCCAAGGUGGCCCUCACGGCCAAGGUCGCGGCCGGUGACGACGCGCCCGACGCGCCCAUCGACCGCGCCGGUCGGCUCCGCCCGCUCCUCAACGCCCUCGUCUCGUUCGACGCCGAGGGCGCCGACGACGACCUCGACACGCGCGAGGACCUCGUCGCGCAGCUCGUCGUCGUCGCGCACCACCCGCGCCUGUCGACGAGCGAGGCGAGCUUCUGGGUCGACCUCGUCAUGCGCGCAAAGGUCGACCCGGAGAAGCUCAUCGACGAGCGCCUCGCGCACCUGCUCGACCUCGUCCUCGCCGACGCGUCGCUCGCGCCCAAAGGCGACCCGGGCUUGACGGCGGCGGCGUACCGCGCCGCGACGACGCUCGCGCUCGUGCACCCGGCCAAGGCCGUCCCGGCCCUGUUUGCCCAGUUCGAGGACGACCUCGAGCCGGCGCACCUCGCCUUCAUCGGCGCGACCGAGUUUGGCGUGUGGGGCACGCCGGCCGGCCAGGCGUUCGUCGACGUGCUCGCCGCCGCCAAGGACAAGGCCAAGCAGGCGGCGCCGGUCGGCAAGGCCAACUCGAAGGAGCACCAGAUCGCGCUGUGGGAGGCCGAGCUGCGCGAGUCGCUCGCGCGCAAGAAGCCCGUCGCGGCCCAGCUCUCGAAGCAGGACCGCGCCGCGCUCGAGAAGCAGCUCGCGCUCGAGGACGAGAUCCGCGCCCAGGUCGCCGCCGCGCUCGCGCGCCUCAAGCGCGGGUUCCAGCUCGCCCUGUGCCUCGUGCGCAGCCGCGCCGAGCUCGUGCGCGAGUACCUCGCGUCCAUGAUCGAGAAGACGCUCGCCGUCAUCACGAUGCAGCCGACGACGCUCGUCGCGCACGAGGCGUUCGAGACGUACCAGCGCCUGGCCGACAUCUGCUCGGACCGGCUCGGCGUCUUCAAGGUCGCGCUCGGCACCGCCGUCCUGCGCAGCGUCGAGGCCCAGGUCGUGCCCGACGAGUUCCGCGCCGAGCCGCUGCCCGACCUCGUGUCGCGCGUCCUGUUCCAGCUGCGCUACCUCGCCGAGCAGCAGCCGUUCGACGCCGGCACGUUCGCCUACGCGGCGCCGCUCGUCAGCAAGAUCCUGCGCACCGGCGGGGUCGGGAUCGUCGCCGGCGCCGAGGGCAGCAACGCCAUGGAGCAGCUCGCGCUCGCGCUCGACUUUGUGUCGUUCCACGCGCGCCAGUGCGCCGACACGGCGUUCCCGCGCCUCACGCUCGUCGGCGACCUGUUUGCGGCCCUCACCGGGUACCCGGCCCUGAGCCGUGUCGCCGCGACGGCGCUCGCCGACCUCGGCGAGGCGAUCCAGGACAACGCGUCGGUCGACGAGGUGGCGGCCAUUCUCGACGGCGCGCUCACGGAGGAGGCGUUCGUCCGCCUCGCGGCGCUGCAGGCUCUUCAGCCUCUCGACCUCACCGACGCCGAGUUCCCCGCGAGCCUGUGGGUCCUCGCGCACGACGUCGACGAGCGCAACCGCGAGCUCGCCGUGACCGUGUGGCAGGAGAACGGCCUCGGCGUCCCCGGCGACUUCCUCCAGCGCCUCCUGCCGCUCCUGAGCCACUCGUCGGCCUCGGUCCGCGAGGCGACGGCCGCCGCCAUCGCCGAGGGCGUCAGCAUCCACCCGGAGCACAUGGCCGACGCGCUCAUGCAGCUCGUCGCCGAGUACGACGACAAGGCGCAGGAGCUCCUGCCCGAGUACGACCGGUUUGGCAUGCUCAUCGAGGAGUCGCUCUCGCGCGAGGACCCGUGGAAGGCGCGCAAGGCGAUCGCGACGACGCUGCGCCUCCUCGGCCCCCUGUUGUCGCCCGUCGACGUCAAGACCUUCUUCGACCUCCUCAUCGAGGGCAAGGCGCUCGGCGACCGCAGCCAGUCGGUGCGCAGCGAGAUGCUCGAGGCGGCCCAGGCCGUCAUCGACCUGCACGGCAAGGCGACGCUCCAGGACCUCAUCGCGACGUUCGAGGCGUACCUCGCCCGCCCGAGCACGGGCGACGAGACGCAGGACCACAUCACCGAGGCGCUCGUCGUCCUGUUUGGCCGCCUCGCGCGCCACCUCGACCCGGCCGACCCUCGCGUCGCCAAGGUCAUCGGCCGCCUCGUCGACGCGCUCAAGACGCCGUCCGAGGUCGUCCAGGCCGCCGUGUGCGACUGCCUGCCGCCGCUCAUCCGCGUCAUCAAGGACGACGUGCCCGACCUCGCCGACCAGCUCCUCAACGACCUGUUCAACGGCGCCAAGUACGCCGAGCGCCGCGGCGCCGCGUACGGUCUCGCCGGCGUCGUCGCCGGUCGCGGCCUGUCGGCGAUCCAGGAGUUCGGCGUCAUGGGCCGCCUGCAGGACAACGCCGAGGACAAGAAGACGAUGCAGGCCCGCCAAGGCGCCGUCUUUGGCUACGAGGUCCUGUCGACCGUCCUCGGGCGCCUGUUCGAGCCCUACAUCCAGGAGAUCCUCCCGACGCUCCUCGCCGCGUUCGGCGACUCGUCGCCCGACGUGCGCGAGGCGACGCAAGACGCGGCCAAGGCCAUCAUGAGCAAGUUGAGCGGGCACGCCGUCAAGCUCAUCCUGCCGACGCUCCUCGAGGGCCUCGACGACAAGCAGUGGCGCGCCAAGAAGGGCGCGAUCGAGCUCAUGGGCGCCAUGGCGUUCCUCGCGCCUCGUCAGCUGUCGGCCUCGCUCCCGACCAUCCUCCCUCGCCUCACCGAGGUCCUCACCGACACGCACAAGCAGGUGCGCGAGUCGGCCAACACGAGCCUCAAGCGGUUCGGCGAGGUCGUCACCAACCCCGAGAUCCAGGAGAUGACGAGCGUCCUCCUCGACGCCCUCGUCGACCCGGCGCGCAAGACGGCCCAGGCGCUCGACACGCUCCUGACGACGACGUUCGCCCACUUUAUCGACGCGUCGUCGCUCGCGCUCCUCGUCCCGAUCCUCGACCGCGGCCUGCGCGAGCGCAGCGCCGACAUCAAGCGCAAGUCGGCCGCCAUCGUCGGCAACAUGGCGACCCUCACCGAGGCGCGCGACCUCGUGCCGUACCUGAACCAGCUCGUGCCGCUCCUGCGCGACGUCCUCGUCGACCCGGUCCCCGAGGCGCGUUCGACGGCGGCCAAGUCGCUCGGCGGCCUCGUCGAGCGCCUCGGCGAGAACAACUUCCCCGACUUGAUCGAGUCGCUCAUGUCGGUCCUCAAGUCGCCGGCGGCCCAGGUCGACCAGCAGGGUGCGGCGCAGGGCGUGUCCGAGGUCCUCGCCGGCCUCGGUGUCGACCGCCUCGAGGAGCUGUUCCCGACCAUCCUCCAGAACCUGUCGAGCCCGCGCGUGUUUAUCCGCGAGGGCCACAUCUCGCUCCUCGUCUUCCUCCCCGUCACGUUCGGCGACCGCUUCUCGCCGUACCUCGGCAAGAUCAUCCAGCCCGUCCUGUCGGGCCUCGCCGACGACUCGGACUUUGUGCGCGAGGCGUCGAUGCGCGCCGGCCGCAUGAUCGUCGCCAACCACAGCACAAAGGCGAUCGACCUCUUGCUCCCCGAACUCGAGCAGGGCCUGUUCGACGAGUCGUGGCGCAUCCGCCAGAGCUCGGUGCAGCUCAUCGGCGACCUCUUGUUCCGCAUCUCGGGCAUCAGCGGCAAGAUCAGCGAGGACGAGGACGGCGAGGACGAGGCCGCCGAGGAGGCGGCGCCCGGCAUGGACGCGGCCAAGAAGGCCCUCAUCGACGGCCUCGGCAAGGAGCGCCGCGACCGCGUCCUCGCCGCCAUCUACAUCGUGCGCCAGGACGCCGUCGGCGGUGUCCGCCAGGCCGCCAUUGGCGUGUGGAAGGCGCUCGUCCCCAACACGCCGCGCACGGUCCGCGAGAUCCUGCCCAUCCUCAUGUCGAUCAUCGUCCGCAUCCUCGCGAGCCCUGCGCUCGAGCAGCGCGAGACGGCGGCGCGGUGCCUGGCCGACACGUGCCGCCGCCUCGGCGAGUCGGUCCUCGGCGAGGUCAUUGCGAGCCUGCAGAAGGCGAUGCGCUCGGACGACCGGCGACAGCGCGAGGGCGUCUGCCUCGCCCUCACCGAGCUCAUGGCCAACACGGGCAAGACGGCGCUCGAGGCGCACGAGGACGCCGUCAUCGCCGCCGUCCGCACCGCGCUCGUCGACCGGGACGCCAACGUGCGCUCGGCUGCGGGCCAGGCGUUCGACGUCGCGCAGCAGGUCAUCGGCACGCGCGCCAUCGACGAGACGAUCCCUACCCUCCUCGACGCGCUCCAGACGCCGGGCCCGACGGCCGACGCCGCCCUCGAGGCGCUGCGCGAGGUCAUGCAGGUGCGCGCCGAGAAGAUCUUUCCGAUCCUCGUGCCGCGCCUCACGGCCAAGCCGAUCACGGCGUUCAACGCGCGCGCGCUGUCGGCGCUCGUGCGCGUCGCCGGCUCGGCGCUCGGCCGGCGCCUGACCAACAUUGUCGACGCGCUCCAGAACGCGCUCGAGACGGAGCAGGACGACGACACGCUCGACGCGCUCGACUCGGCGCUCAACGCCGUCCUCGCGUCGGUCGAGGACCACGAGAGCGGCCUCGGCAGCCUCCAGAUGCACAUGCUGUCGCUGUGCAAGCACGAGGUGCCGAGCAAACGCAUCACGGGCUGCAACCUGUACGCCCGGUUCUGCAAGGCGACCGAGGCCGACUUUGCCGACUACGUCGUCGACUUUAUCCGCCAGCUCGUGUCGCUGUUCGACGACCGCACGCCCGACGUCGUCGGCGCCGCAUGGACCGCCCUCGACGCGCUCGUCAAGACGAUCGACAAGGAGGACAUGGAGGCGCUCGUCGUCCCGCUGCGGCGCACGAUCGAGGGCGUCGGCAUCGUCGGCAAGCCCGUCGACGGCUUCUCGCGCCCGAACGGCCUCAAGCCCAUCCUGCCCAUCCUCCUGCAGGGCCUCCUCGCCGGCACGGCCGAGCAGCGCGAGCAGGCGGCGUACGGCCUCGGCGACCUCGUCGAGCGCACCUCGCCCGAGGCGUUCAAGGCCUACUGCAUCCAGACGGUCGGCCCGCUCAUCCGCGUCAUCGGCGACCGGUUCCCGGCGCCCGUCAAGUCGGCCAUCCUGUCGACGCUCACGAUCCUCCUCGUGCGCGUGUCGGCGUACGUCAAGCCCUUCUUCCCGCAACUGCAGCGCACGUUUGUCAAGUCGCUCGUCGACACGUCGUCGCUGUCGGUGCGCAACCGGGGCGUCGCGGCGCUCGGCGCCCUCAUGCGGCACCAGCCCCGAGUCGACCCGCUCGUGACCGAGCUCGUCAACCUCGUCGCGAGCGAGGAGGGCGACGUGCGCGACUCGGUCGUCAACGGCCUCGCCGCGACCGUCUCGAGCGGCGGCAGCAACAUGGGCGAGGCGAGCGUGUCGUCGGUCGUCGACAUCAUCUCAGAGGCGUUCGCAGAGUCGCCCAAGGAGUCGUACGCGACCGCGAUCGCGCGCCUCGUCGCCGCAACGGCGCAGCACUCGCCCUCGUCGCUCGACUUCAUUCUCGACUCGUUCGUGCUCGGCACGUCGACCGACCUCCCGCCGACGCAGCUCUCUGCGCUCGCCCUGCGCGAGCUCGUCGACCAGGCGCCCGCAGUCUUGUACGAGCGCGACAGCGCCGCGACGGUCGACCGGGUCGUGCGCAUGGCGAGCGGGAGCGCGACGGGUGGGACGGCCAACCCGGCCAUUGCGAGGCCGGCGCGCGACACCAAGGAGUUGUUCCGCGAGCGCGAGCCGUGGCGGAGCGACGAGGCGCUGCUCGCCAAGCUGUGA